CGUCGGUUACCCUGCCAACAUUUUACCGAAAACAAUUACUCCUUGUCGCCGCCUACCCGCUUUGAAUACUCUCACGCUCUCCCUCCUCUCUUCUACGCUACGCUCCGGGUAUAACAACCACUCGCACCUUUUCUCUCUCUUCGUAACGGUUAGUUCUCACGCUCCGAGAAGGCGGUCACGCUCCGUCGGCGAUGGGCGCAGACGCGGAUCCCUCCGGCGGAUUCCUUGCCUCCACUACGCCGCUGCUCGGCCUCCCCCUCUACGCUCUCCUCACCAUAUCCGCAGCCGCCCUCGUCUUUGCUCUCCUCUUCUUCUCCCUCCGACGCUGCAGCCGCUCCCGCGGCAACCGCCGCUUCGCUCCCCUCAUUCCCACCUCCACCAAGGAGAUCGCGGAGAUCACUCCAGUUAGAAAUGCUAAGGGCGAGGAAGAGGCCAAGAAGGUGGUUGCCGUCGUGAAGCCGUCUGAAGGUUCGUCUUCUUCGUCCUCCGCCUCCUCGUCGGUGUCACUGGAGAAGGAGAAGAAGAUGGAGAACAUAGGAUGGGGGCGGUGGUACACGCUGGCGGAGCUGGAGGCGGCAACCGCGGGGUUCAACUCCGAGAAUGUGAUUGGAGAGGGGGGUUAUGGGAUUGUUUACCGUGGUGUUUUGCCGGAUCUCUCCAUUGUCGCCGUCAAAAAUCUCCUAAACAACAAGGGGCAAGCAGAAAAAGAGUUCAAGGUGGAAGUUGAAGCCAUUGGAAAAGUAAGGCAUAAGAACCUCGUUGGACUCAUUGGAUAUUGUGCUGAAGGUGCUAAAAGGAUGCUUGUCUAUGAAUAUAUUGACAAUGGCACUUUGGAGCAGUGGUUACAUGGUGAUGUUGGACUAAUUAGUCCACUAACCUGGGAUAUCAGAAUGAAAAUUGCCAUUGGAACAGCAAAAGGCAUAGCUUACUUGCAUGAAGGGUUGGAGCCUAAAGUUGUGCAUCGAGAUAUCAAAUCAAGUAACAUUCUUCUAAACAAGCAAUGGUAUCCGAAAGUGUCAGACUUUGGAUUGGCGAAGGUCUUGGGCUCUGGUUCAAGCUAUGUAACAACCCGAGUAAUGGGAACAUUUGGCUAUGUUGCUCCUGAAUAUGCAUGCACCGGUAUGCUUAACGAGAGCAGUGAUGUAUACAGUUUUGGUGUUCUCUUAAUGGAAAUAAUCUCUGGAAGAAGUCCAGUAGAUUACAACAGACCAGUAGGAGAGGUAAACAUGGUUGAAUGGUUUAAGCGUACUGUACAAAGAAAGCAUGACGAGGAAGUGCUUGAUCCGUCAAUUGAGGUUAAGCCGUCAACAAGAGCCUUGAAGAGAGUAUUGCUGAUUUGCCUUCGCUGUAUAGACAUGGACGCUCAAAAGCGUCCCAAGAUGGGGCAAAUCAUACACAUGCUUGAAGGAGAUGAAUUCCCCUUUCGCAUAGAACACCGGUCGGCAAGAGAGGAGGCUUUAAGUUCAUGCAUGUCAGCCAAGGUGACACCACCUGCUAAUUCUGAAAGGUCAAUGUGGUGACCAUCUAAUCAGCUUGCUUUAGUUAGUUUUUUAUUCUACCUAAUUGUUUCCUUUUGUUUCAAAUUGUGUUAAUAGAGGAACAUAGUUGUGUCAGUGAUCUGGUUUUUUGCUUGUGGAUAUUUAGUCAUUUCUACAUGUAGAACAUAAUUCCUGGAGCCUUAAACUAACACACUGGCAAAGCCUCUCCUCUUGACUAAGCAACAAAUAACAUGGAGGAGGAAUCAAAAUUCAUAUCCGAAAUUUAAGAAGAAUAUAAGCUGGCGAUACGAGCGAGGCUAAUGUUAACAGCCAAAUAGAGAAUGCUGUGUCUUGUAUCCUAAAGUGAUAAGUGACUUUCUGGAGGCUGCUUAGAUUUUAAACAUUUUGUAAGGUUAAUUUGCUGGGGAUUGCUUCAAAGUUAAACAUGUAAGUGAAUUGAUAAGUAACUUCCCCCUCUCCAAAGGGAAGAAUGCUACUACUUGAAUGACCAUAA